UUUUUUUUGUUUCCUCCCAGGCAGAGGGAGCAGGUGAGAAAUCCUCAUGGAUACCCUACAGCCGGCUGCUAGGUUAUGUCAGACUCGUACUGACUAAAAAACACCCGUAGGGGCUGCCUCUGGCCGGGAAGGCCUCUAAGGCUUCAUCGGAAGCGAUCGCCCCUAGGGGGGGGGAGCGACGCAGAAAACAGAUUUAGACAGCUCGCUCUCGGACCUCCCGCCUUUUGAUACCCUACCGCGCCGCCGCGACCCGUGUCGCACGCGGCAACCGUUACACAAAAAUAAUCCUUAUGAUUCAGUAUUCACGUGCGACGGCGCGAUGGCUUAUUUCAUGUAUAAGUUUGGUGUUUCUAUGUUUUGUUUUUAUUGAAUAGUUGACAAGAUGAGUCAAAAGCAACCGGCUGAUGCGGAGAACUUUAUAUUUACAAACGUGUCGCUCCGCUGGGCAGUUGGUGACGCGAGCUGUUGGUCGACACAUACGUUUAUAAAACUGGUCUCAAAUAAUUGAAAUUACUGCAGAAUGGAGAAGCUGUUAUACGCUUUGUUUAUACUGGCUCUAGUAGCUGAAAGUGCUGUAGGAAUGGCAUACAGAUAUAAAAGACAGAGCGAAAACGACGAGGAUAAUCUAGAAGACCGAUACGGCUUCCCUGACCAGAACAACUUCCAGAGACCAUUCCAGCCGAUGCCCAGGCCACCGGGUCGAUUCCCUGGACAAAAUCAAUUUCCUGGACAGAAUCAAUUUCCUGGGCAAAACCAGUUCCCAGGACAAAAUCAGUUUCCUGGGCAAAAUCAGUUUCCUGGGCAAAACCAGUUUCCCGGACAGAACCAGUUUCCUGGGCAAAACCAGUUUCCGGGACAAAAUCAAUUUCCAGGACAGAAUCAGUUUCCGGGACAGAAUCAGCCCGGACAAAACCAGCCUGGGCAAAAUCAACCCGGUCAGAAUCAACAACCAGGAAAUAACGCGCAGUCCGCCACUCUCCAGCAGUGUGUGACCAGCUGCCCGGUGACUGCGGAGUACAAUCCAGUGUGCGGCACCAACAAUGUUCUCUAUGAAAAUCCUAGCAGACUGGCCUGCGCUCAGGCUUGUGGCGUCAAUGUGAGCCUUCUCAGGUCAGGUCCGUGCCCCGCUACCACAACUACUGCGUCCCCAGCCAGUGGUUAAGGAAUCAUUAAAAGUUUCCAUUAUCUACAGUCCUUUACCAAAAUGAAACCUCAAACUAGAACUGAUCCCCUAGAAAGUAUAUGAAACACCAAGCUAAACUGAAAUAAUUUAAGAAUUUUUAAGUGCAGGCAUGGUAUGAUAACCCCAUGAUAACGAACCCGUGGUACAGACUUUUGUGAAAAGCAGUUUAAAACAGUGUCGAACGUUUUUGUAGUAAGACCGAAAAUUUUUAAUCAAUGAUUCACGCGGGUUCAUAUAUACUUAUAUUUUAAUCAAUUAAGUACCUAGCCCCGUAUUAAGAUAAUGUUCUACUGGAUUUAACAUGAACCCAAGGUGAUUUUAUAUACUAAAUACUGUGAUGAUGAUCUUAUACAGUACAACAUACAUAUACAAAACAACAUACUUAAGAUAAUUAAAUAAAUAAAAUAAAAAAUGUGACCAAUUUUAUUGCCAUCAUUUAGUUGUUAGUUUUGGUGUUCAAUACUAUGACAUACUUUACGCUUAUUUCGACAUUAAUGCUCUAUUUUAUAUAUAAAAGGAUGAUUGAAAUUUGAACGAAUUGAUGAUGAAAUAAAUAUGAAAAAUUAUACUGUGAAUUUGUAUCUUUAUUCCUUAAAUCAGCAUUCUUAAUUUUUCGCAAAAAAAUAUAAGAAGCCUAUGGACCCUUUAAAGCAAGCUAAAGUGACUAAAAAAUGUAGGUACGCUCUACCCUCAGGAUACAGAAAUACAUAAAUGUUAUACAUGUUUCUUUCUGUAUUCUGAGGCUCUACCCAUCUUCACUUUGUAGGCCUGAACCCAGUCUCCUACCUCAUGAUGACCAGAAACCCUAGCGUGAGUUGCACCACUAAGCUUGUUUAAGAAAAUUUUAUACAAUACUUUAACUGGCCUCGCUUGGACAGUUUUUGUUAAUGUCAAUUUAUGAUCUCAUUUUGACUGUCGUCAAAUGGUGCAACCCAUUUUUCAUCCGGUAACCUGACUGGACAGUUAAAGUAAUUUGGUGCAACUCGCGCCUAAUCUUCAAUAAAAACAGUACCCCUAAAAGUGGUUAUUUUACUGUAGCUAUAAGGUACUUGCUAGGUGGAAGUAACUUUUCCAGACUGUUGCCUUUCCUGUUUAGUUUACUUCUCCUAGGCAACUAUGACCUUAUGGUUCAAACUUAAUGACUGUGUAUGUGUGAAGUUAGCAGCGAGCGCAACUACGAUACGAAAUAACUUGCUCUAACUUCGCAGCUCCUAUUAAGUUUGGAUCAUACUUUACCUAUCUAUCUUUUGUUAAGUACAUAGUGGUGUUGAUUCUGGCAUGAUUCUUUAACAACAGUCAGUCUCUCUUUUGCAUUCUGAACAGGGAAUGACAAGGAUAUACUAUUAGCAAACCAUUUAGAUUUACAGAAUCAUGCCAGAAUCGUCAUCAAUGUUAAUUAAGAACAUAGUUCAGGCGAUGUUUUUUCAUUAUUAGUUAAAUUUCUUAAGUAUUGUAACUAUAGUCCAGUCGUUUCUCUAGUAUUUUAAAUAUAGUUAAAUUUAUGUGCUGUAUCUAUCGAUAUCGCAAAAAAGGACAGCGUAAACCGUAGGAGGAUUAAAAACUAUCAGAAUAUUAUUGCGAAGAAUAAAUAAUCUAAUAUACAAAGGAUUUUUUUUGCCGACUAUGUUUAUGAUAGGGCAGGCUAAUCCUUCUAAUCAGAGACA